ACGCAGUGAAGCUCUCGCACUACCCAAUUCCCCGACCGGUCCCGGAGUUAGCAAGCCGUAAUAGUUCCCGCUCCAGCAGGUCGUCAUCUACCACUAUUGUUACGUACCACGUACCUAUUUUGCUGCGGAACGUUCGGUUCAUGGGCGCAUCUCAGUUGCAUUUUGGGUGGAGUGGAGAGGGUAGGAGCCAUCUUGCGGGCGCUGCAGGAAGCCGCAUCGAGCUUGAGUGCUUUGACAGGCAAGAAGGCGAAGAAGGCGACCAAAGGCUAAGAUGGUUGCCAAAGUGGCGGCCAAAUGUGGUGACGUUUGACGUGCUGGUGGCUUCAGACCAGUCGGGAUUGACGCGUACUCACAGUAGGACCCUGAAAACCUGCGACACGGCUGGGUGCACGACACAGUGACAUAGGAGGAGGGGUACGUAUGGGUACCUAUGUAUGGGUAGGUAUGUAUGGGCCGGAGCAAAUUGACCGGAUCUUGGUCCAAUACAAGGCCUGGGAAGGGCUUAAUUAGGCUGGCAUCCUGGUAGUCAAAGCAGAGUCAAUGUGCCGUCAUAGAAGGGAGGCCGGGCGGAGAUGAGCCAGAAAACCAUCCACGGGCCAUGGUGUUGUGCAAGAAUGGCAUCCCCAAAGCGCCUCGCGGCCACUGAGGACGUGUCCUUAGCAUUGGUGCAGUCCGCAGUGUGUGGUGUGUCUCAAGGUUCUUUGUCAGGCCAGGGUAAUCGAAAAAAGUCAGGGUAAGGUUGGUCU